AAUUUCCUCUCGCUUUCGCACUAAUUUUAUUUUCCUUUUGUUUAUUCAAUUCAUUCCAAUUCCCACCCAUAAUUCCCCAAUUUUCCUCCUCCUAUAAAACCAACCCAGUUCUCUCCAUUCCAAAACUCAAAGUUCUCCGACUUUCUUUCGGUUUCCUGUGGACUUUGGGAAACAAACAUCCCAAUUGUCUUCUAUAAAACACGGUUUCUAUUUUCCAAUUGAGUCCGCAGUUUGUCACAUUCUAUUAUUCACAUCUUCAGAGACGAUGCCGUUAUUAUGGAAGAAGGGGAGGAUUUCCCAAAUGCUGGCGGAUCUCCAAUCGCCGAAAAGGAGGGGCGGAUCAAUGGUGGUGCAGACCGGAUUCCCCACCUCGUUAAUAGAUCUCAUCGUCAAAAACCGCGAUCGGUUGAGAAGACAGUCGAAAAAGAACAAGAAGAUGCAAAACUCGGAAAAAAGUACGGAUUUUGAUCCCGUUGACCAGGUCUCCGAUCAGAUCGUGUCGAGUUUCGAAAAGGGUGUCGAUGAUUUGUCGAUUAUGGUUGAACCCAGUUCGGGAGAGAUCGACAUGGCCGACAGAGAAGAUCACGGUGUUUCGGAAGACAAUGAUUCUCGGAGUUCAGUUGAAACAGAUGCGGAUAGUUCUGAAGUCGUUGCUCGGGAAUCGCCACGUGGCAGCUCGGGGGAUUCGGCCUCGGUGUUUGUGGCGGUGGCGGUAUUGGCUCUGUGCACGACCAAGUUCGCCGUUGGGUUCACACUGUCUGCUUUUCUGCUUAUGUUUUUGGAACUUGUGGGUAAGCACUUUCUUUGCUUAGUGAAACCUUGCUCGUAUGCGAAAUCGGGCUUGGGGUAUAUGGCUAGGAGGAUAGGGUAUGCAAUGACGGUUUUGAGGAGUGAUGUGGUUGUGAAAGAAAGGAAUGAGGGUGUUGUGUUUGAAUUGGUAGAACCUGGGGUUGAGUCAGACUCUUCAAUUGAGGAGAUUGAGGUUAUGAGUAGUGGUAGCGUGCGCAUUGAUGAAGGUGGCAGUGAGAAGAGUUUGAUCGAGUGUUUGAGUAUGGAGAAGAAGGUUGAGGUGGGUGAUCAUACAGAGGGCUCAUCGGGUUCGGUUUGCAAGGAGAGUAAGAGCAAGGGUAGGAAGAAGCUUCUGCCUAAGAUGGGAGCAAAGUCUAUCAAGAAGUUUGUGUCUAAGAAAUUGCGUGUGAACAACAAGAAGCAUCAGUCUGAGACUGAGCCGGAGCCAAAGCCAAAGCCAAAGCCAAGUACUGAAGGUUUCAGUGCUGAGGUAGAAGAAAGUGAAGGCAUUUCACCGGUGUCAGUAAAUUCCGAAAGCAAGUGUGAAAAACAAGAAGCUGAUGGAAUGGUAAAUUCAAUGAUGGUUGGAAAGAAGGGAACAGAAAGCAAAGGGAAUUUUGGGCAUCUGAUUCUGUUUUUGAUAGCUCUUGCUGGACUUGUUGGGGGUCGGCUUAUAGCUCUGCUGCUUACAAUCACUUGGUGCUUUACCUUGAAGGUGAUUAGGUCUUGGAGCGGAUCAGGCGAUAUGCCCGUCCCCAUGAAAAGCUUAUUGACAUGCCUUUCCAUAAAAGUUGCACGGCCUGACAAAGCUUGGUUGCAAACGUGGUGUUGUGCGUUAGUUUCCUCAGUAUCCUGUCCAGUCCUUUGCAUAGGCAGCAGCCGCACAACAAUGCCUGCUCUAAAGAAGUCUUUGACCUUAAAUGAUAACCCUGCUCUACACUGACUGCACAUAGCAUAAAGAUCAUUUAGACAGCAAAAGUGCUGAAGCAAUGAGGUUAAGGAACUUCUUCUUCACACUAAUGUCGGAGGGUGACAGGGAUCAGAAACUCUUCCAGGAAAUUAUCUAAAAUUGUGCUUGCAAAGUACUAAUAAUGGACUUGUCAACUUGGAAAGCCUUGGCCAGAACAUCAUCUGAAAUUGAG